UGAAUAAGUGAGUGAAGAGCCUGAGGUAACGAAACAUUUCGCCCAAUUCUCCGCCUCUUUUCGCCAUUCGGUUGGCCGGGCUUGAUCCGUAUGGACCCUCGCUUCCCGCUCUCGGGUUUGUCCACGGCCCUCCCUGCCCCGGCCCACCCCGGCGUCAGCCUCACCCCGCCCGCCCCCGAAGGUCUGAUCCGUUUGUUGCUCCAGAAUGCCAUGCCGCACCCCAGUCCCGCCGCUCUCCAUCCCGUGCGGCACACUUCGACUGGCAAUCCGGGCAUCGUGCUCCGUCCCCCACCGCACAUUACCUUGGCCCCACCCACUAUCACUUUGCCCACCGUCCCCACCCCGCCUUCAACCUCACCCAUGAUGAUGGUGGGCCCGGGCGGGUUGCGGACCACAGGCGAGGACGAACGAUUUCGUGGCGGCGGCCUGAACCCCCAACGGGAACGCGAGUUAGCCUUGAUUCAGUUGGACCAUAGUUAUGCCAAGCCGUGGAAUUGGCGUCCCGAGGCGUUACCCGUGAUUAAGCCGGCCAAGAGCUUGUUCAUGACCCGUCAGCCAGGUCCGCCAUACUCCUUGGCGUUGCCGGUCAAUACGGACGAAGAGAUUGACGUGCUGACCCCGAUUGCUCCGAACAAGAAUCCACUUGAAGAAAAGACCCAGCAAAUCAUGACCGAGUGCGAGCGAUUCGCCGAUCUGGUCAAUCCGGAUGUCAAGUCAUUGGCUCAGGUGGAAGACUGGGAGGAGCGUGUGUGCAAAGACAGCUGGACCACAGCCCAACAUCGGUUGUUCAACCGGGUCUUGAAAGUCUUUCACGCCGAUCGUUUGGCGCGAUUGGCGCAAGAUAGUCAUCCCCGGGAGCCCAUUCAGCGGCGAUUGGUUAUUGAUAAAACGGCUAAGCGAGUGCGGUUGUUAUUGGCCCAGAUUUUAUGGGAUCCCAAGCUAACCCAUUGGUUACACAAUGCCCUGUGUGACAACCUACCCCGGGAAUACAUAGCCAUUUAUCUGGACGUCUUGCAAACCUUACGGAAGAAAGUACCCGAAUUGAUCGACAAACUCUUGGCUGGUCGAGUUCAUCCCGACCAAUAUGGGAGUUGUACGAAAGAGGGAUUCCGCCUCUUGAUGAAAAGAAAAUGGGAUCCCACGGUGGCGGAAUACUUACACGCGCCGAAGAUUAAAAAGCUGCCCAAUAAUCCGUUCAUCAUUUUGACACCCUCGGCUCCUCAGGAUAAUAGCCAAUUAAGCAGUCGGGCUCAAAUGUGGACCAAAAUGUUAAUGACAGUGGGCAAACUCGUGACUAUCACUCUGCCUACUCUCAAAGAGGCCGAUUCGGCCGAAGUACAGAAGACUGAGAUAUCUCGUUUCAUUCAAAGGGUUGUUUCUGUCACCAUCACCAGAAUACGGGACAUCAAACGGAGUGGGCAUCAAGAUCGACCCAUCUUUUUGUUCGGUUGGGGUGUAGCCGCUGCCAUUAAUUGUCAAAUUGCUUCCAUGGAAACCGUUUCGGGUUGUGUCUGUCUGGGAUUCCCUUUGAGCACCUUGGCCGGGAUGAGGGGCGAAGUGGACGACCCCUGUUUGUUGGAUAUCAAGUCGCCCGUGCUUUUUGUGGCGGGACAAAAUGCCGUAGAUUGCAAGCCUGACGACUUGGAGGAUGUCCGCGAGAAAAUGAGGUGUGAAUCUGGAUUGGUUUUGGUGGGUGGAGCCGACUUCCAACUUCGAGUGUCUAAGCAUAAAAAGAAAGCUGAAGCCAUCACUCAAUCCAUGGUUGAUCGUGCUAUCAUGGAUGAAAUACGCGAGUUUUUACAAAACUUAAUGGUACCAACCGUUCCUGCACCAACUGCUGUUCAAAUGCAAGCUACUGUAAUGAUGGACGGAUCUCCCAUGCCCACCGUUGCCAAGAAGCCAGCUCGACCCAGGAAAAAGAGAGAGGAAGGCUCCCCGGCUCCAAAAAGAGCCAAAUCAAAUAAGACGAAGGCCGCGCUCGCCACCGCUGCAUUGAAUGCCGCCAACAAUGGCAAUCCGACCUCGACCCCUCCGAUGCCAAUUGUUGGAGCAAGCAUUACUCCCACGGGAGAUUCGUCUGUAGUCGGUGUGGGCAGCAUUGCUACUUCUACACCCGUCCGAUCUAUUCCCGGCAUUGACGUGACAAAGGCGCGUAAAGCUUUGGAAAUGGGAGAUACGAGUUCACCGUUGUUGUCCUCGGCUCUCACAUCACCCACGAAAACAACGGCAUUGUCCGGCUUAAAAACGACACCCACUUUCACCACCCCAUUAUUGGCUCACUCCUCUGGCAUAAGUGUCUCCAAAGGAUCGCGAGUGGCUCGUCCUAUGGUUCCCAUCGGUCUCCCUACAACACCAGUACCUGCCAGCACCAUUAGCAAUUACAUCAGUGGCUCCUCGUCACCGAUUCCCUCGGGCAGUGUCCCAAGUGGCAUGAGUCACAGUAGUCUCACUCGGCCACUCCCUACUCCGUUGGUGACCUCCAGAAUCGUGAGCCCACCCAAAGUGGGAUCCCCUUCAAGCACCAUUAUCAAGACCGUGAGUGGAGCCAUUAGUUCACCUCCUGUGUCAACUCCCCCCACCACCAAACGGAUAACCCCGCAAUCCGAGCUUUCAACAAGCAAUAUGAUAUUUUUAUCUCAAUCUGCGGGUGGAGGAAAUCUGACAAUGGCGCAAAGAAUAGUCACUACUCUGCCAGCCACAGCUUCUACGCCCUCGAUUAAGACGGCUGCAAGUACGCCCAAUCAAACUUUGACGGUACCAAGCUCAUUGGCCCAGUCAUUGGGGGUCAAGAAGCCCGGCGGAGGGUCCAAAGAGAGUCUGUAUAUCGUCGCUGUUCCUCCAGAUCAGAUCAAGAACCUGGAAUCAAACAACUUAAUCCAAUACUCUGGCCCCAAAGGAAAUCAAAUGGUGGCUCUCCUAAGCCCCGAAAAAGGAACGCCUCCCAGCAGUGCCAAUAAGGUGAUCAAUGUGAGUGCCGAUAUGAAGCAAUCUACUAAUACAACAGCGGAUGGUCAAGGCACGGAAAAGAGAAACGUCGCUGAAAUUUUGGCGAGCUUGAGUGGCUUGACACCCGAUCCCCCCAAAGCCGAUAUCUCUAAAAUCGUGAAAACCAUCAAUCUGCCCGAAUCCACCUCAGUUCGGCCCAUCUCUAUGACCCCACCCGUGUCAAGUGGAGCAUCAACUCCAAUCACCAAUGCUCCUCCAACGUCCUCUUCUUCUGUCAUGGCCGUGAAGAGCUCACCGGGAAGAUCUACGGCAUCUAUUCUUUCGUCCGGUGGUGGUCGGGUGGUUCGUGUUUUGACGACCUCUGGAAAUCGAACCAUGCAACAAAGUCCAUCAAUCAUCCGCUCUCCAUCAGGAUCAAGCGUAGCGUCGGCCACGGUGAGCUCGUCUCCAUCGACUAGUGGAGGAACCAACCGAAGCCGAAAACAAGUGUUUGUCACCCAAGAGAAGACUGAAGAAUCGACAUCGCCUUCAACGUCAAUGAGCAAAGCUGAAAAAGCCCCAGAAGUUAUUACGAGUGUUACAACUGGGGACGUGGCCGUGGUAAAAGAGGAUGAUGGGGCUAAAAUACAGAAGAUUAAAGAAACACACAUUGGAGAAAAGGACAUCCUGGAAGAAGACAUGGAUGAUCAAGAAUACGUUCCGUAUCAAAAGAAGCCCAAGAAGGUGACCAGGUCCUCAACGUCGUCAUCGAAAAAUUGAAUCACUGGUUAGUCUUGCGUCACAUCUACGGAGUUAAUGUAAAAGCCGAACACUUCUACUGGGUUCAAAUGCAAUUCAUCCAAACAGAACUCUGA